CUUGUGUUAUGUGUUGGUGUUUUGUUUCGUGAUUUGUGUCAUAUAUUUAUUUCUGGCGAAAACAAACUGUUCCGAAUUUUUUUAACCUAUAAGUACGCAGCUGUGCGCACGACAGACUUGGGAACUUGUGUAAAAUCUGUUACAAUAUGGCCUCUCAAAGUAGCCAGCGAUCAAGACGAAAUGCUUCUCCUUCAAGUUCCACAAAGCCCCAACCAAUGAGGGCUACUAUGCCAUUUUCCUUAAGUACUAAAAGAAGUUCUAGCCCUCCUAAAGGAGCAUAUCUCAGAAGGUCAAGUCCAGCUUCAUCUCCAGUUCAUAUAAACGAAGGACCCUUCAGGACGACGCGACGAAGCUCCCCCGAAAUUCGAACUUCUCCAGAGAAUCGUAGAAGUCCUACUUCGCCUAACUUGUUAUCCUAUAGAGUUGAAAGGCCAAAGUCGUCUGGGCAAAGCUUUGGUAGAACUUCAUCACUAGAUGCAUUGUAUAUGAGCUCUCAGUGGCCGCGUAGUGAAAUAUCUGGGGGAUUUCCUGCACCUAUGGUUAGCAAAGAAACUCAGACAAGUUCAGAUGAACAUAAUUCAAUUACUAUGGUUGAGCAAACAAGACACCAAAGAUCUGCAUCUUGGGGAAGCCCUGAUGUCAAUAAGAAAUUUCGGCAAAAUCUUCAAAGAUCUAAACAAAGUAGUCAACUUUAUGGUAGGCAGUCACCUAUAGCUGCUGAUCAUACUGCCAUUGCGUACUCCUCUUCAAUUCCAAUACCUGUGAUGGCAAAAACCCACUAUCAUGGAAGAUCUAGCAUGGAAGGACUUAAUUCUGAGGUUGAAGGCUUAGUUAUUACAGAUGGUGAAGACUCUGUUUUUAAGUCUCCUCCUGAACAACCAGAUGGUCAUCGAGCACCAUUACCUAGAGGAUUAUCUUGUAGCAUUGAUGCAGUUACACAGACUCGUGGUGAAAUGUUUCAUCAACAUGAUAACCAUACUGUCAUGGUUGAUCAUGCAUGUCAAACAAAAUCUCCAACUACCACUGUUAGAGAUACUAGAACACCAUUACAUACUGGUGGGGGUAGAGAAAGCUGUUCACCAGAUGCUCCAACUGGCUUCAAGUACGCAUCUUCGCCAAAACCCAAUAACUCGUACUUGUUUGCUCGAGAACCUCCUGAUGGUGCAGAAAAAGUCACUUUACAUUUUGAUGAUUUUGCAGAAAAAGCAAAAUGGUCCAAGUGUCCAUCAGGUCCGGAUAAAUCUAAAGGAACGAUAAAGUUCAGUCAGCAGUCACCGUUUCAUUUCAUCAAUCCUUUACCAUCCAAAGUUGUUCCUCCAUCAACGGAGCAUUCCUGUAUACAUUAAUGGUGAUGUUAUGGUAAGGUUAAUGAUGGAACUUAUCAUUGUUUAUCCACCUUGGAUUAUAUUUUCCAUCUCGUUACCUUUUCUUUUUGGGAAACUGCAAACAAAAGUAUAAAUCUGUUACCGGAUGUUACUUACGUAACAGCCAAGUUCACAGUGGUGAGUAUGAUCAACAUGCUACUAUUGUCGUAGGCUUUUGGGAGUGAGCUGAUAGCCCUUAAGAGUUUUCUUAGUUUUUUAACUAAGCAUUUUGCAAUUUAGUCGGGCGUGCAUAUUUUAUAUGCUUAAUUUAUACAUUCAGUUUAUCGAUGUCCGUUUAACGAAGCCAAAAUGAUAUAUGUAUCAUUGUAUUUGCAAUCCUUGACGUAUUUGAAUCAAUUUGAUCUACUAAAGCAAUAAUUGUUUUUGCCUGACAGUUGAGGGAAGUUAACAUUAACAAUGUUUGACACUUUAAUUGUCAUGCAAAAAUUCAAGCGUUUGAGCGCUGCUUUAGUCAAGGCCUUGUCAUUCACUCUAUUUUUAAAUUUCGUUGAAUAUUUGCUUGUAUUGAAGGUUAAACUGCUUUUUGACUGAGCAAAUUUUGUAGCAGCAAAGUCAAAUUUGAGAAGCUUGAGUAAAUCGUGGCCAGAGAUUAGCUGCGCGGAUAGCGGGUUUUUCAAAAAAUAUGAGAGACCAACAUAAAGUUUAAAUCAUAAAAAACUCUAUUAAAAAUUAUAUGUUAGACUCCCCUAUUUUAUUUCAUAAGGAAUGUUAGAAUGGUUUUACUUGCCAUUUUUUAUCAAAAAUUAUGCAUAACGUUUUCUAAAAGAGAAAUCUAUACUUCAUGUAAUCAUUUAGGCCGGGGAGGGGGGUAGUAUUGUCAUAAAUGUAAAAGCCGAAAAACCGGACGAAACACGAAAACCAGAAGAGGCAAUCCAAUCUAUUGUGUUAUUGUAUCUGUGUGCACAUUAUUCAAAUUCAGAAAAUAUCAUGUUAUCUAGGUUAUAAACCGGGACAGUGGUAUUUUUACGUCACCAGAUGAAAUUUUUUCACUUACAUCGUUCGUUGUCUAUCAUUCGUAAAUUAUAGAUUUUGAUAUUUUCUCCGCCCCUUUUAUACAGUGAUGGAAAAAGUGUUUUCUCAAUUGUUUCAGUUCUGGUUUUUGUCAACCUCCUCGGCCUAUGUUUUUAACAAUGAACAACAUUUAUAUAGUUGAAGUGUAAUUAUGAAUAUAUAUAAGUUACGUAUUUAUUAAAAAGAAUUAAACGAG